AUGACCUCUCAGAAUUAAUAUCUUACCUUCCUACCCAGCUAUCUAGCUUCUAUAAUUCCCACAUAAACAUUUAUCUCAUACCUAUAUAUAUAGGUCAUGGCUGACCCAAAUACUCCUCCCACUAACUUGCGCCAAAUAACAAUAGACCAACCCACACCGACCCAGUUCACCUCUGACUUUCCUCCUCCUCCUCCUCCUCCUAAACUACACCAGCCUCCUCUUCCAGCUCCAUCACAUUCUCUUGCUCUUCUUCCUCUUGACCACCCGUGUGGAACACCAACUAUACCCAUAAUACCCCCCACUUCUGAAGCAACAGCAGUACAGCAGCUACAGCUUCAACCACCCAAGGAGGCAACAGCACCGCAGGGAAAGACUCCCAUGGCCUCGAGCUCUUCUGGCAAGCACCCGAGGUACCGGGGAAUCAGAAGCCGGGGAGGAAAAUGGGUGUCGGAAAUCCGCGAGCCGCGCAAGACCAAGCGAAUAUGGCUCGGGACUUUCCCAACUCCUGAGAUGGCUGCAGCCGCCUAUGACGUGGCGGCACUGGCUCUGAAACGUGAGGAUGCUGUUCUCAACUUUCCUAGUUUUAUCAAGUCGUAUCCAGUACCGGCAUCCAUGUCUGCCCUGGACAUUCGUGCUGCCGCCGCUGCAGCCGCUACUGCAGUAGGCCCGGCAACGCUGAAAACGAGUGGCUCCACGGAGACUUCAAAUGUUGGACAACAACAGAAAGAGUAUGAUGAUAUGUUGAGUAUUAAUAACAGGACUUUGGCGUCGUCUGUGGGAGCAGACUUUAUGGACGAGGAAGAGAUUUUUGGGAUGCCGAAUUUGCUGGUGGACAUGGCUGAGGGAAUGCUGGUUUCUCCGCCGAGGAUAAACUCGCCGCCUUCUGAUUAUGACUCGCCGGAGAAUUCAGAAGGAGGAGAGAGUCUCUGGAACUACGAUUGAUCUUGUAUUAGGUUCUCACUCGGAAAUAAAGAUGAUUUUAUGAAAGCAAACAAAAAAAAAUUAGAAAGAGUACGGAGCAUGUAAAUAACAACACGAUGAACAUGGGAGUUUUUCAAACUGAUCGAGGCAGUGAGUUAUUUUGCUUUAUGAGUGCCAGUAGGUGUUUGUGUGUUGUUCUUCCUUUUGUUUUCUUUUUCUUUUUUUAUAUUUUGAAUUAAGAUUGUACGGUUUUUCUUCUCCACUG